AUGUCCGCCGUUCCUGGUCCCGUGUAUGGCCUCGAGGUCCCACCUGGCGAGAUUUUGAUCCCGGCCGCCAUGGACUUCCCUGCUUCUUUCCGCAUCACCAUGGCUGCGUUGGACCCUACCGAGGAGCCAGAGGCUGAUGAAGAGGGCAACGUGCCUGCUGUUCCUCGCGCUACUCUGCGACUUGUUAAGCGGGCUUUCCCUGGCCUUGACGAUGAGGAUGACGACGAGGAGAUCGAUGACGAAUAUAUGAAGGCUUUGCUCGCUGCCUCUGACGACGAUGAGGAUGAGGAUGAUGAGGAAGCCAACGGUGGCCCUAGCGAUCCCACCAAGGCUAAGAAGCAGAAGCAGGCCGCUGCUAUCAAGAAACUCCUUGAGGCUACCAAGGAGGAUGAGGAUGAAGAAGAUGACGAAGAUGAAGACAUGGAGGAUGCCAAGCCCAACGGUGUGAAGGGUAAGGACAAGAAGGGCAAAGCUAAGGGCAAGGCCAAGGCCACUGAGGAAGUCGAAGAAGAAGACGAGGAUGAUGAAGACGAGGAUGACGAGGAUGACGACAGCGAUGACGGUGCUGACCUCGAGAACUUCGUUGUCUGCACUCUUGAUACCGAGCGGAACUAUCAGCAGCCGCUCGAUAUCACUGUCAACCACGGCGAGAAGGUAUUCUUUGUUGUCACUGGUACACACACCGUCUACCUCACUGGAAACUACAUCAUGGAUGAUGAGGACGACUAUGACAGUGAGGAUGACGAGGAGGACUAUGACUUCGACCCUGAAGAGCUGGAUUACGCCAUGGGAGAGGAUGCUAGUGACGAUGAGAGCGACGAGCUUGAUGAUGUUGAGGAUCCCCGUGUCACCGAGGUCGACUCUGACGAGGAGGAAGCUCCUAAGCUGGUAAAGACCAAGAAGGGCAAGAAUAAGCGCUCUGCCGAGGAAGCCGACGGUCUCGAUGAGAUGAUUGCCAAGGCUUCCGACUCCAAGAAGCAACAGAAGAAGCUCAAGAACAACAAGGCGGAGGCCGUAGCUGCCGAGGAGAGCAAGAAGGACAAGAAGGUCCAGUUCGCCAAGAACCUCGAGCAGGGGCCUACUGGCUCUGGCAAGCAGUCCGGCAAGGCCACUACUGGCGUAAAGGUCGUUCAGGGCGUUACCGUCGACGACCGAACCAUUGGCAAGGGUCGCACCGUUAAGAAGGGCGACACCGUUGCCGUCCGAUAUAUUGGCAAGCUUGCUAACGGCCAGCAGUUUGAUGCCAACAAAAAGGGUAAACCCUUUUCCUUCAAAGUCGGUAAGGAUGAGGUUAUCAAGGGGUGGGACAUUGGUAUUGCCGGCAUGGCCAUUGGCGGUGAACGUCGUUUGACCAUCCCUGCAAAUCUUGGAUAUGGCUCUCGUGGCAUGCCUGGCAUCCCUGCCAACAGCCAAUUGACCUUUGAUGUCAAGCUUCUCGAGAUCAAAUAA